GACGGGUUUAUGGGAUCAUUCGUCUUAAAGAUGCCUCCGUCGCAAAUAAUAUGACCCUUGAUGUUGUUGGAACCAUCGGAGGCCGUCCGCAAGGCUACCAAGAUGCUCUCGGAUUUUUCUUUGGAUGCGUUUUCCUGGAAAGACAAUCCUCUCUGGCUUCGGAUUUUGUAUCGGUCACCGUAUCAGCUUCAUGUCUACGACGGCAUUGUGUUGAUCCUGGCCAUCUGGACUGUUGCUUGGUUCACAGACUGCUGGGGGUACAGAGCCCCAAAGCCGGACCCUCGCCUCUUCGUCCCGGUCAAAGACAGGACAGCGUUCGAGAGCCAGCCAGGACAGUCGAGGAAUAUUGCAGAUACCUUAAAGGAGCUUGAUGUGGUCGUCUUCUGGGGCUCACAGAGUGGUCGAGCUGAAAGCCUCGCGGCCCAAUUUGUCCGGGAAUGCGGAACGCGGUAUGGGUUGAGGUGCAGGGCCGCUGACCUGGACGAUUAUGACCACGAAAAUUUGACGCAAGUCGCUCCAAACAAGCUGCUGGUCUUCCUCAUCUCGACCUUCGGCCAGGGGGAUCCUCCCGAUAAUGCGGUGAAGUUCUGUUCAGCUCUCCAGACACUCCACAAGCGAGGCGACACCAACACCCUACGUAACCUAAGAUACGCAGCAUUUGGUCUUGGGAACAAGCACUAUAAGCACUUCAACAAAACGGUCGAUGAUGCCGAUGCCAUCUUACAAAGCCUUGGGGCUUCGCGGCUAGGAGCGCUCGGUCAUGGCGAUGAAGCACGAGGCAACAUGGCAACCCAGGAAGAUUUCGAGCAGUGGAAAGAUGCGUUGAUGGAAAGAAUCCAACAGAAGUUUGGAGUCGAAGAAAAGCCGAUGACCUAUGCUCCGGCAUGUGAGAUCCACACCGUCUCGCCAGAUACCCGGAUUGUCUACCUCGGUGAGCCCGCCGGUCACCUUGAGGAGAAGGAGCGAGGAGGACACCGGCCUGCCGGAAACCAUGCAUUCGUGGCGCCUGUCACUUUCUCGAAAGAUUUCCAAUGUAAUGAAGACGCAAAAUGUGUCUACCUAGAGAUUGACAUUUCGACCGCGUUCGGUGUCCGAUAUCAGACUGGUGAUCACCUGGCAGUGUGGCCCAUGAACCCGGAUGUUCAGGUCGAGCGCCUAUGCCGGCUGCUUGGCCUCGAUGUGGAAAGUCGAAAGGAGGUGAUUGCCGUUGUGGGAAAGAAUGGCCAGCCCGCCUCGUUCCCGACUCCCACGACAAAGGAGGCAAUCCUACGACAUUACCUCGAGAUCUGUGGGCCAGUCUCUCGGGACACUGUGCGGCUGUUGGAGUCGUUUUGCCCAACUAGGGACGCUCGGGCAACUCUUUUGAAGCUCGUCAAUGACAAGCAAACCUUCCAGAGCCAGGUCUCUGAUCGGUAUCUCAACGUCGGUCAGGUCAUGGAAGCAGUCAGUGGAGCCGAGGCCUGGAAAGAUCUGCCCUUCAGCUGGUUGGUGGACUGCUUGAGCAAGAUGAAGCCCAGAUAUUACUCGAUUGCAUCCUCUCCGUCAGUGGCUCCGCGCCAUCCGUCAAUUGCCGUUUCGAUCACGUCCAAGGUCGUGGAUGCAUCGAAGCCGCUAGUACGAUUGAACGGAGUGGCCUCGAAUUAUUUGUAUGCGUUGAGGCGCGAUCAGGGUAUCGGCGCAUCAGUGGAGCUCACCUCUCAGGAAAGCAUCACCUACGAUCUUCAUGGACCGCGCUCGAUGCUCUCUGGUGGUAAGAUGUUCGUCAGUAUGCGACGGACCUUGUUCAAAUUACCUGCCGUCGUCACUCGACCCGUCAUCAUGGUGGCUGCAGGUACAGGUGUUGCACCCUUCCGUGCGUUCGUGCAAGAGAGAGCUGCUAUGGCAGUGCGAGGCGUUCCCACCGGCCGCAUGCUUCUUCUCUUUGGAUGCCGUUCUCCUACUGAUGGAUUCUUGUUCCGCGACGAAUGGGAUGAAUUCAGAUCACAGCUUCCUGGCUUUCAAAUCCACCCAGCCUACUCUCGGCACGGCAGCAAGAAAGUAUAUGUGCAGGACCUCCUCGUUCAGCUGAAAGAUCAAGUCGCGCAACUGCUGGGACAGGACGCGGCUUUUUACAUAUGUGGUUCGGCUGACAUGGCUCGAGAAGUGCGAAACAGGUUGGUAGAGAUUGUGGCGGAAUCGAGGGAAUGGAGCGAAGAGCAGGCGGAGAGAUAUGUGAUGACGGAUAUGAAGAAAGCACGGUUGCUGCAGGAAGACGUGUGGUCGAAUUGAAC